UGCGACUCUGUGGAGAGUCAGUAGAGGCGCUGGCGUAGAGUGAGGAGUAGAUGGCGCCCCCCGCGGCCUAGAGGUCCAGCUCCUGCUGAGAGGUAGUGAAUUCAUCCUACUCGGCCCGGAGCCGGAGAAACCCCCCCAGUGCCUGUCAUCAUGUUGGUGCCUCUAGCGAAGCUGUCCAGCCCAGCACAUCAGUGCUUACAUGCCCUCAAAAUACUCAAGAAGGAUUGUCUGCUGCAUCCUUGUGCAACAAGAUGGGCUUCAGCUGCUGUGGUGCCUCGUAUCACCACACACUAUACAAUUUAUCCUCGGGAGAAAGACAGUCGAUGGGAAGGGGUGAACAUGGAAAGAUUUGCAGAAGAAGCUGAUGUAGUGAUAGUUGGCGGAGGCCCCGCUGGUCUCUCUGCAGCUAUUCGUCUAAAACAAUUGGCUGCUAAACAUGAAAAAGAAAUUCGAGUAUGUCUAGUGGAGAAGGCUGCUCAGUUAGGAGCACACACUCUCUCUGGUGCUUGUCUUGAACCAUCUGCUUUUGAAGAACUCUUCCCAGACUGGAAAGAGAAAGGGGCUCCACUUACAACUCCUGUAACAGAAGAUAAAUUUGGAAUUUUAACAGAGAAAUUUAGAAUUCCUGUGCCAAUCCUUCCAGGUCUUCCAAUGUCUAAUCAUGGAAAUUAUAUUGUGCGCUUAGGCCAUUUGGUUAGUUGGAUGGGACAGCAAGCAGAAGAGCUUGGUGUUGAAGUGUACCCAGGGUAUGCAGCUGCAGAGGUCCUAUAUCAUGAAGAUGGCAGUGUAAAAGGAAUUGCUACUAAUGAUGUAGGCAUACAGAAGGAUGGAGCACCAAAGGAUACAUUUGAAAGAGGACUAGAGCUACAUGCCAAAGUCACCAUUUUUAGUGAAGGUUGUCAUGGACAUCUCGCCAAGCAGCUGUAUAAGAAGUUUGAUUUGAGGGCCAGUUGUGAACCCCAGACCUAUGGUAUUGGAUUAAAGGAGUUAUGGAUUAUUGACAAAAAGAAAUGGAAACCAGGCAAAGUAGAACACACAGUUGGUUGGCCCUUGGACAGACAUACAUAUGGAGGAUCUUUCCUCUACCAUUUAAAUGAGAGUGAGCCAAUGGUAGCUCUUGGUUUUGUGGUUGGUUUGGAUUAUCAAAAUCCAUACCUAAGCCCAUUUAGAGAGUUCCAGAGGUGGAAACACCAUCCUAGCAUUCAGCCAACCCUGGAGGGUGGGAAAAGGAUUGCCUAUGGAGCCAGAGCUCUCAAUGAAGGUGGCUUUCAGUCUAUACCAAAACUCACCUUCCCUGGUGGAGUGUUAAUUGGUUGUAGCCCUGGUUUCUUGAAUGUUCCUAAGAUUAAAGGUACUCACACUGCAAUGAAAAGUGGCAUUGUGGCUGCAGAAUCCAUUUUCAGCAAACUAACCAGUGAGAAUCUCCAGUCAGAAACAAUGGGACUCCACGUGUCUGAGUAUGAGGACAAUUUGAAGAAAUCAUGGGUGUGGAAGGAACUUUAUGCUGUUCGAAACAUCAGGCCUUCCUGCCAUUCACCAUUGGGUUUGUAUGGAGGAAUGAUUUACACUGGAUUGUUUUACUGGAUAUUCAGAGGAAUGGAACCAUGGACAUUGAAACAUAAAGGGGCUGACCAUGAUCAACUAAAGCCAGCUAAGUUUUGUAGACCUAUUGAGUACCCAAAACCUGAUGGACAGAUCAGUUUUGACCUACUCUCCUCAGUGGCUCUUAGUGGUACUAAUCAUGAAGAGAACCAGCCCCCACACUUAACACUGAAGGAUGACAGGCUACCUGUGGAUAGGAAUUUGAUGAUAUUUGGUGGACCAGAACAACGAUUCUGUCCUGCAGGAGUUUAUGAAUUUAUACCGUUGGAAAAAAGUGUUGGAUUUCGAUUACAGAUAAAUGCUCAGAACUGUGUCCAUUGCAAAACAUGUGAUAUUAAAGAUCCAAGUCAGAAUAUUAACUGGGUGGUACCAGAAGGUGGUGGAGGACCUGCUUACAAUGGAAUGUAAUGUUAAUCUCAGUUGAUUUCAUUUAUCAGUGGUUUGCUUGAUGGGUAGUUCCCUAACAUUUUAUAGUAAAUAUAGCUUUAAGUUAUUUUUUUAAAUACGUACGACAUUAUCCUGCAGCCUGCUAUUAAUGAGAAGGUUGAGCUUCCCGGGAAGUUAAAAGCAUUACUCUAUAGACCUAACGUAAUUUUUUUUUUUUUUACAAAUUAAAGAGAAUCGAGGAAAAGGAGAGGAGAUAAAUGGGACAUUAUGAGAGGAAGAAGGGACGUAUUAUGAGAUGAAGAAAAGCAGAAAGGGCUGUAGCAAGGAUUCAGGUUUGGGAGUGGUUGAUGUGUGCAGUUCCUCCCCACUUAGACCUGUUAAUUCUUCAGAAGAGUGUCAUUGGUCAAUUAUUCUAUCAUGUAUGAAGUUGACUAGCUUUCACUGAGUCACACUUUUUCAAUGGGUGAAUAACUUGGGGGGCUUUGAAGCCUAAAAACCAAUAUUUCAUCAUCAUUAUUAUUUCCCCUUGGAUUUAAAUAAAUAAAUCAUUUCUAAGUUAUCCAGUCUGUACAGAAUGAAGAUUACAUGAAAUUUCUCUUCAUUAAAUUCUAGUUUAUCAAAGACAAUUUACAAAUAGGUUAUGUACAGACAGCGACAGUUAGAAAUCCAAAUUGCUUCAUUAACUGCAAAAAGCUCAGUGAAGUAUUGCAUUAUGAAAAUUAAAGUUGACUUUUUUUCCUUCACCAACUUACACAGGAACAUAAAUCUCGAAUAGCUUCCAGGUAGACUGGAUAUGACUAUUACCAAAAAAUAAAAAUUUAUGUGAACUAUGCAGAAAGCUGUUGUAAAAAUUCAAGAUUUCACACUAUUUUGUAACAGUUUUAUUAAGAAUAAUUCUUACCUAUUUCUAUACUGUAAGAUGUAGGGAACUCUAAGUUCAGUAUUUGUUGCAGGCUUGUAUUAUGGAACAAAUGCAAUAUUCAAGGACACCCUUAAACAGACUUCAUGCUGCCUUUGUACAAUCAGUGCAUACUAUUUAAACAAAAACAAUGUUCUUAAGUAAACAUUUUUUUUGUAUAAGCUGCAUUAUCUUUAUCCUUCUGUGCCUUAAUCUGUUUGGUCUUUUGCAUUUCUGCCUCAGUGGCUGUAAAAUAAACACCCAUCAUUUAUAACAUCUGUUAAACAUAGACUGUUUUCUGCCUGUAUAAAGGAAGGGAUAAAAAUGGAGUCGAGGUCAGUGAGUGUUUCAUGUGUUUGUCAUUUCAAUCAUUAGCUAAACAAAUACUGUAGGAACUGGAAUAAGAAAAGACAAUUGUAUUGGUAAAACUUUUUAAAAGAAUUUUCUUAAAUUAGAAAUUACUCAAAUUGCCUCUUUUAAAACCUACCUCUGAAUCUUUAAGGGAAAUUUGCGUGAUAUCUUACCAGGGCCAUCUUUUUAGCUUGGUGAUAUUCUCCAAUUUUCGCUUUCUGUAUUCUGUCAUAAUAGACAACUACACAAACAAUUCUAGGAGCUGGCAGAAUAGGGUAGCUGAAGGAAUGCCAGGCAUGCUGUCAGGCCAGCUGGGGUCUAUUCCUGGCUUUCCCAUUUACCUCUUGGUUGAUUUACCUCUCUGAGCUUGCUUUCCUAAUCAGUAAAAUGGGCAUACCCAUACUUCCACUACCUCGCUCACAGGGUUAUGGUGAGGAAAAUGCUUUAUGAAUGUUAAAGCACUGUGAAAAUGUGAUUUGUUAAAGGGCAGUGGUUGUUAAGUUACUACAGUAUUUUAUCAAAUAGUAAUCAGAAAGGGCUCUUCUGAGUGAAAAAGCUGCCCCUUUAAAUACAGACGCUCCUAGAAUAUGUUUGUGGUCACUCCUCAAGCUGCAUCCACUUAUCCCUCUUUGGGACAUGGCCAGCAAUGCCCUUUAUCCACAUUCCAAUAAUCACCCACAUUUCAUUGUUCACCACAUUCUAUGGCUACUCAGGUACCAAGUGGACAUUUCAAGAGUAGGAAGACUGUGCUGUACCUUCUCUGAACAGUUGCUUCUGUUACCAGUAGAACAUAUAACACUGUCACUUUUCUUUUAUUGACACCCACAACCAUAAGUUUUCUCUGUUUUUAUUCUGAUAAAAAAAGCUGAUAAACUGUUGAAAAUUAUAAAGGUACACCUUACAGAAACCCCUUAGAACUCUGUGUGUGUGUGUGUGUGUGUGUGCGCGCACGCGCGCGCACACUCAAGCUAGAGGCAAAAUUUGGGGGGGAGGGGGGAAACAUGUGUUUAGCCUCAAGUCAGAUACUAGGAAGAGGAAGAAGAGUCUUCAAAAAUAUAGUUCUAUCAGAAAUAAUGAUGACAUAUAAGAUUAAAGUAAUUGUUUUGAUUUUAAUAAAAUUAUAAUGAUUUU